UAGUUUGAAUUUGUGACUGAACAAAUAAUAUUCACAUUCCUUAAAAUCAAAUAGUAAAAUGAGGCUCAUUAUUUUUAUAAAAGAGUGAACUCAUUGGUGAAGUAAGUAAAUAAAACCUUCAGCUGUACUAUGAAAUGAGAUCAAUGAUUAAUCAUGGAAGAAAUAUCUGAUAACUCUGCCCUUUCCUCUGUUAAUUAUUUCUAAAUAAGCUUUCUGCUUCUCUAAUUUUAAAUGUGACAAAUUUAAUUAAUGCCCCCCCACCCCAGCUGAAAUCCUGUGCAAGAUUUGGGAUUCAUGCAGUGAACCUUAGGUAUAAAGGCAGUGGAAGGAAAUUCCCUCUGGAAAAAGUGUCCCUGAGUGACUAGAAAAGGAGUUGCUGCACUCUCUAUCUCAAUUGCACUCUCUAUCUCAAUUGCUGCAGUUGGAAUUUAAAUAUUUGCAAAACCUAUUCUGUUCUGGGCACUGAAAUAUCAGAGGUGCUCUGCUGCUGCCUGACCAAGUUACUCCCUGUGCUGAAGUGUGGAGCUUUGGUCAGAGGUGCAGGUUUGGCACUCACUGGGUGACACAACUUUGGGUUUUCUGUAGUGCUUGAUUUCCUCAAAAACAAAUAACAACCAAAAAAAAAACCCCACUAACCUCCCUCAAAUCCAAAUUAAACCAACUGAAACAUAUCAAUCCCAUUUCUUUCUUUUUGCUUUGGAGUUCUGCAUGCUUGUUGAAAGCAGGAUUUCUGUGCAUGUGAAGUGUUUUCAGGUUGAAAGCCAUGUUUGUCUCAUGCUGACCAUGAAUAUUUUCAUGUUUUCUGUCUCUCUGCUGCUUGCCUCUCACCACGUUCAUUUCCACCACCUCUAUUCAAUCCCUCCAUUUCCAACAGCGUUGGCUGGCAAGCUGAAAGAGAUCCAGGAGGCCAAAGCUCCCAGCCCUUCCAUCCACAGGCAGGCCAGCAUUGAGACAGACAGAGUGUCCAAGGAGUUCAUAGAAUUCAUCAGGACAUACCAGAAGCCUGGCCAGGAUAUCUACAAGCAAUGCAAACUGUUUUUGGACACCAUGAGUCAUAAAAGGGAUUUAAGCAUUGAGGAACAAUCUGAGUGUGCCCAGGACUUCUACCAAAAUGUAGCAGACAGGCUGCAGACACGUUGGAAAGUGCCCCCUGAAAAAGUGGAGAAGGCAAUGGAUGAGGUUGAGAAAUACAUCAUGACUCGACAGUAUAAAUAUGUUUUUUGCCCUGAGACAACUGAUGAUGAGAAGAAAGACCUUGCUGUCCAAAAAAGGAUCAGGGCUUUGCACUGGGUGACUCCCCAGAUGUUGUGUGUUCCUGUCAGUGAGGAAAUCCCAGAAGUCUCUGACAUGGUUGUAAAGGCAAUUACAGACAUCAUUGAGAUGGACUCCAAGCGUGUCCCUCGGGAUAAACUGGCCUGCAUCACCAAAUGCAGCAAGCACAUCUUCAAUGCCAUCAAAAUCACCAAAAAUGAGCCAGCCUCUGCUGAUGACUUCUUGCCCACCCUGAUUUACAUCGUGCUCAAGGGGAACCCCCCACGCCUGCAGUCCAACAUCCAGUACAUCACUCGCUUCUGCAACCCCAGCAGGCUGAUGACUGGGGAGGAUGGAUAUUAUUUCACCAACCUGUGCUGUGCUGUGGCCUUCAUUGAAAAACUGGAUGCUCAGUCUUUAAAUCUGAGCCAGGAAGAUUUUGAUCGUUUCAUGACUGGCCAGACAUCUCCAAAAAAGCAGGAAUCUGACAGUUUCUCCCCUGAUGUGUGCCUGGGGGUGAAGCAAAUGUGCAAAAGCUUAGACCUCCUCUCUCAGUUGAAUGAGAGACAGGAAAGAAUUGUCAGUGAAGCCAAGAAGCUGGAGAAGGACCUCAUUGAUUGGACUGAUGGCAUCACCAAGGAGGUGGAAGACAUUGUGGAGAAAUAUCCCUUAGAGAUAAAACCAAAAAGCCAAGCCUUAGCAGCCAUUGACUCUGAAAAUGUGGAGAAUGACAAGCUGCCCCCACCACUGCAGCCUCAGGUUUAUGCAGGAUAAUUAUCCUCAGCUAGUUGGGAAGAGAAGGAAAUUUAAAGCUAAAAAAAAAGCUUAAAUCAGUAAAUUUUUAAAGGUACUUUUUGGGUUCUUUUUUUUGGUUUGGUUUAUUUUUUUUAUUUUUUUUUUGUUAAGUGUAAUGAAUUGUAUUUAUUUUACUCCAGUAGAUCUCUGUUAGGCUUUGGUGGGUUUUUUGAACUGAAUUUCGAUUUUCUACACAAACUGGUGUAAUUUUUAAGCAACACUAGUCCAUGGACACCUCUCCUGAAAGCUUCCUUCUAAGCAUGCACUUAAUUGUUUUUAAUAAUCAGUUUAACUUAAAGCCAAGUUCCAGCAGAAAAAAAAAAGAUACCAGUGUUAGUCUGAACUUAUUCUGUAGCUGUAAAGAUGAACUAUACAUUGUAAAAUAUGUAAAAUUGUAAAUAGAUUUCAAAUCUAAUGUCCCAACUGUGCAUGAGCUCAUGUGUGAAUGAAAAUUAUCUCAAAAUAUUCAUUUUAGCACCUUUCAGUUCCAUCAUGCUGCAGGAAAAAGGCAAAAACGCUGUUGGGAGUUUGGAUAACCUGGAGGGGAGAAGUGAGGGAUGACAGGGGAUGUUGGAGUGAUUUGCAAACUUGAAAAAUCAUCUUAAUUGACUUCAUUUAAAAAAAAAUACUUAAAAGAUGCCAUUUCUUCAUUGAAAUGCUCUGUCAGAACACCUGGUAGCCUUGAGUGGUGCACAGCAGUGCUGAUUUUACUGCUUUGGAAGGGAAUGUGGGGCCAAAAAUCGAAAAUAUUUCAGGAAUAGGAAGAAAUAUUUGUAUUAAAAACUGCAUCAUGUGGAACACUAGAGGGGGAAGGGAAAGACACAGUGAAAGAGUUGCUCCAAAAAUGUCUCUCUCUCCUGAUCACUUCCAUCAGUGGGAUAAAUUUUGGUUGCUUUUUUGACAAUCCUGGGAAAUAAAUAAAUAAAUAAAUUCA